AUGCUUAAAAGGGCAGUAACAAAGAUGGCGGACGGUUCUGGAUCACAAACAAAUGCUUCUGUCGCGACCUCUGCUCAAAGCAAAGUGAGUGCAGCCAGUAGCCAGCCACAAGCGGCUCAAUCUGCGGUUUCUAACACAAAUACGGCAGCGUCAUCUAAUGUAGACACAAAGGUCAGGCACGCUGGAGCAUCUCUGGGGGAAUUUUUAACACAACUGGAAGACUACACGCCGACGGUAAAUUAAGCUUAUAAUAAGCUUAUUAUUAUUGUUUUUAUUUAUUUUCUAUUGUGGUUUCAUUUUCUAUUAUUACCUGUACAUUGUUCUAUUUAAAGUGCGCUCAUGGUCGUGUAUUGGUUCUUAGGAAAAGAAACAGUGCAAAGCCAUGGAUGUUUUAAAAUAAUGUACAAUUGCAAUGGCGUAUGGGAUAAUUAAUUUUUGCCCUCAAAAUGAAUAUACAUUUGACUUUGCAAGAUAUCCUUUAGGCCCCAUACAUCAGCUUUCCAUAAAGUUUCUAAGUAAAUAUACCUGCCAACUUUUUCUGAGAUGUAGGCGUGAGAUUUUUAUCCUGGGAGUGCUCGGAUUUUUGAAAACGACACGAUCAUUUCCGAAGAUUCCCGAAGAAGUCCGAAGUCUUCCGAAAAUCUCAGAGAUCAGUCAUUUAUUCAUUUUACACAUGGUUUUCGUUCCUUACAUGGGUCUGAGUUAACAUAUUUUUGGAAAUUGUGUCAAGCAAGACGGCAACAACUCACAUUUUUCAAUCAGGCGUGAGAAAUUGGUCUGCAGGCGUGAGCGGGCAUGAGAUCGAAGUUUUCAACCCGCAGGCGUGAGACUCACGCCUAAGGCGUGACAGUUGGCAGGUAAAACCUUGCAGACACCUCGCUAUUACAGACACUCCAGUAAUAUGCAGAGCAGUUAAAUCCUUGGUAAAAAUAAAGUACCGGUAUGGACUCCAGCUAUUCAGGGUACUAACUGAUAGUCUCAAUAGUGUUCACAAAACAGGGGUUGAUUAUAAUUUUUAUUAUUAUUCUGAAUUUAAUGCUUUGUAGUGUAUGGGUCAGUACAAAAAUCUUCCCUUAUAUUAUAUUACCGCAAGAAACAUUGACCCCACACUUAAUAGGGGGUCCCUCGGGAUGAUCCAAAUCAGGAUCAGUGAUGCAAGGUCACUUGGAUGAUGGUACAUCAAAUGAGCCCAUGAAUCCUUUCCCAGGGUGGUUUCUUUGGUUUCCUUACUGUGUUAUAAUCUGAGUUAUCUCGGAUCUUUGGUCUUUAUCUGGAUCAUCCCAGUGGAAGGCACCCUUAGACCCUCUUUUAAUGAUACCGUAAAUCCUCUAAGGGGGGGCUUAAUAAAGAUUGGGGGUCUUACUUAAUUUAGCAAAGAUAAUGGUAUCAGUUCUCCAUAAACAACUAGAAUUCAAAGUGGAAAAGCUCAAAUGCAAGAAGUUAGAGGUCAUUCAGUCAAAGAUCAAAAACACAUCCGAACUCCUAGCUGGUGAAUAAACCAUUCUGGAUCAGUCCAUACAAAAUUCUACAGUCGUGAUUGACUCAUACAGUCUUAUUUAUUUAUUUAGUGAAACAUAAUAAGGGAGAGAGGGAGACUUAUUAACUUUCUUCCUAUGAAAAGGUAGAGCUUAUUAGAGGGGAGGGUUUAGGGAACUCAAUGAAAGUGACCUCAUCAUUCUCAUUGAGAUAGGCCUUCCUCUCAGAGAAUGUAAGGUAGAAGGGAUGUAUGUACAGUAUAGAUUCAAAACACUCUCAAGUACAAGUGAGAAUUCCCCUUGAAUGCCUUGUUAAAAGUAUAAGAGUAUUGUAAGAAUGACUGUCUCAAGACUUUUUCUCAUGUUCCUGCUACUGAUUGUGUGUUCAGCAAGAAAAUUUUUAGAGCAGUUUGCUUUUCAGCCAGGCAAAAUUGCCAUUUGAAUCAUCCUAGUCAAAUGAGCUGGAAGUUACUUCCAGUGAAGUAUUUACCUCCUACUCAACACUUAGGUUUUAUAAUAUUAAAUAAUAACCUUACAAAUUAAGGCCUUUGCUGCCUGCUACACAUGGACAGUGUACUCCAACCAGUUAUCCUGCCUUCUACCUUAAAACAUUUUGACUGGGCUGUUCAGUUAGCUUUCUCCCAAGCCCUUCCAUUGUUAAUUUUAGCUACUGAGUGUACUAAACAGACUUCUUCUUACACCCUCAGAUACCAGAUGCUGUUACAGCAUUUUAUUUAAACCGGUCAGGAUUUGACACAACAGAUCCAAGAGUGUAAGUUCUGAGUUCUGUCUUAUAAAUUUUGUAAGUGUUAACAGUUUUGAUUUUAAGGAGUAAUAAAUUUCAGUUUCAGUUUAUUUUUUUAUCACCACAAAAAAAUGCAAGAAUACAGAAAUGGACAGAAGCACAUACGGCUCUAGAUAUUGGGCUCCCUCACAGAUAAAAGUAUACGUUUACAAGGCCAGGAUUGAGCGUAUAUUGAGUAAUUAAAUGACAUUGAUAAAAAGUAAAUAACUACUAUAAAUAUUUAUAAGUAUAGUAACAAACAUAUAACCUAAAUAAUGGGAAGCUAUGAAGAAAAAUAACUAUUUGCAAGGUUUAUGAUUAAUGAUUCUCAUAGAAAUAUUUACAAAGUUUAGAUUUGAAUGAGGAGAGAGAAGUAGAAUCUUUGAGCUCAUUGACUAAAGAGUUGUAACAAAGUGGUCCUUGGAAACUCACAAACAAAUUACGUACAUUGUUUCUACAGAAAGCUAAAACUCAAUACAGUCAUUAUCAUUAUUACAGCAUUACACAUCUCUAAUGUAAUAUAUUAUUAUUGUGGUUUUUUAUUUCCCUUCUCUGUAGAGUGAGAAUGAUUUCCCUUGCUGCUCAGAAGUUUGUAUCAGACAUUGCAAAUGAUGCCCUUCAACACUGCAAGAUGAGAGGUUCAGGGCAAAGUUCUAGAAAAUCAGGCAAAGUAAGUCAGUUUUAAUUUUCAACAACAAAACCAUUCUAAAGAUUCCUUCGCCUGAUGAGCUCAUACUGAAUACAGCUCAAGUACUACCACUUCAAGAAAUGCAGCCUUAUUUCAGUGAUGCAAUAAUAAUUGUUUUAUAUGGCUGUCACUAAGAUUUCAAGUUACUGGGUGUAUGCAAUAAUUAACAAUUGCAUUUACCAGCAACUUGAAAUCUAGGGGCUGGUGGCUGGGGAAUUGUCCCUUAGCCACUAAUAGCAUGACCCCUGGUUACUUUUAUAGGAAACAAAAGGAUUUAUUAAAUAGAACCAAAAGAACUUCCUAGCUGUCCAAUUCCCUGCCUACUAUUAUUUUAUUAUAUUUUUAAGUGGGAUAAUAAAUCUGUUGUUAUUAUUAUUAUUUUCUCUUUUUACUUUAACCCUCUAUUCUAUUGGCAUUUGAACUAGCCCAUGUAUAUGUUACUUUGCAGGACAAGAGAUACACACUGACAAUGGAAGACUUGAGCCCAGCGCUGAGUGAAUAUGGAAUAACUGUCAGAAAACCCCCGUAUUUUAUUUGA